GCGCGGUUACUCCUCAAGGACGAGGUGGAGCAGUUCCUCUUUGCCGAGGCGGAACUGCUUGACGAUCGCCAGUACGAGGAAUGGCUGUCGCUGCUGGACGACGACAUCCGCUACUGGAUGCCGAUGCGCCGGAACGUGAAGUUCGGUGAGUUGGAACGGGAGUUUACUCGGGAGGGGCAGGACAUUAACUGGUUCGAUGAAGGGAAGGACACCCUUACCCGUCGGGUAAACCAGAUUCUCACCGGCGUACACUGGGCUGAGGAACCCCUGUCCCGUAUCUGCCAUAUCGUGUCCAAUGUGCAGGUACUCGACGCCCAGCCAUCCACGUCAGAGCCGUCAGAAGUAUCGGUCAAGUGCCGAUUCAUAAUUUACCGUAACCGGGUUGAGACCGAGACUGACUUCCUCGUGGGCAAGAGGGAGGAACUGCUGAGAAGGGCCGGCGAUGGCUGGAAGAUAGCCCGGCGCAAAAUAGUGCUGGACCAAAACGUGCUGAUGGCCAAGAACCUGACCUUCUUUUUCUGA